AUGCAGUCAAACGUGCAGGGCACGCAAGGUGAAGUUCGUCUCUCAUUACUUGGACGAGCCGAGUUAUCGGAGAGCACUACAUAUGAUCAGUGCUCUCCCUCACCAAUUGGUACCCAUUUCGGGUCCGAUGUUAGUACCAGCACACCUGAGGAAUGUGAGAUUCACAGCACGCAUGCCACAAGUCCCUUGGACACAGAAAGUCACGCGGUGCUUCAAAACGCCGGAUUAAGCUAUCCGGUACUUAAUGACACUCCCUUUGACAGUGCAAACAGUGAGAAGAGCCACAUAUAUGGAAAUAACCAAGGAAAAUUCGACAUUUCGCCCGCUGAUCCGGGCUUCAGUCCUCACGAAGUGAAUACCCCUGCGCCUAUUGUUUGGGAUAGAGACCCAUCGCUCCAACUAACAACCUUAGAGGCGGAAUGUAUGGAGUUUGAUGUUGAGGAGAUAGGCCCCUGGGAGUGA